GCCUCUCUGCGCCUUUGUGUGUCUUAUUUACGUUGUGCUGUCAGACUGGCUGCUCACACGUGUCCCACUGUCUCGCCUCUUUGUCCUGCAUAACACUCUCACUGGCCUCACCAACAGCACCGAUGACUUGACUGUAUGUCGCGUUUGCCUUUUUCUAUCUGUGCUUCUCCUGCAGCGGGGCUGCUCAGCCCUUUGAUUGGAUCCUUUUUCUGAAACGGAAGGCUUCCAACCUGAAAGAAAGAGAAACAGAGGCAGGGAUGCUGCAUCUCCUCGGCUUUUUUCCACGGGCUCCGGACGGACCGACUCGGUUUAGAUGACGUGUAUAGAGGGGUUCUCCUGGAGUUCAUGAUUCGUCCUGUUUUGGAAAAGAUCCAACCCACCGGGAGAUCCAUGCUCCGGCUUUUGUGUCUCUGUGAUCAUGUCCCCAGCAUCGGCUCCAGCUGCCAGUGAAGGCAGCACCACCUCGGUCCAAGAGGAGGCAGCGGACAGUCCCAGGGAGGAGCAGCAUCCCCACAAACAGUCUUUGACCAAGUCAUUGUGCCAGGAGUCUCACUGGAAAUGCCUGCUUCUGUCCCUGCUCAUGUACGGAUGCGUGGGGGUGAUAGCCUGGUGCCAGGUGGCAAAGGUCACGCGUCUCUCCUUCGACAGAGCCUACAAGGGAAAGUCUAUGAUGUACCACGACAGUCCGUGCUCCAACGGCUACAUCUACAUCCCUCUGGCUUUCCUGGUCAUGCUCUACGUGGUCUACCUGGUAGAGUGCUGGCACUGCCACGCCAGGAACGAGCUGCAGUAUAAGGUGGACGUGGACAGCGUGGCGGAGCGCAUACAGCGAAUGCAGCAGGCCACGCCCUGCGUCUGGUGGAAGGCCAUCAGCUACCACUAUGUCAGGAGGACCCGGCAGGUGACCCGCUACCGAAACGGAGAUGCGUACACCACCACGCAGGUUUAUCAUGAGAGAGUGAACACCCAUGUCGCUGAGGCAGAGUUUGACUAUGGUAACUGUGGGGUUAAGGACAUCUCAAAGCACCUCCUAGGUUUGGAGGGAUUCCCUAUCAGCAGGCUGAGGUUCACUAAGUGCUUUAGCUUUGCCAACGUGGACUCAGAAAACACAUAUCUAACACAGCGGGCUCGCUUCUUUACAGAAAACGAGGGCCUAGAUGACUACAUGGAAGCCCGUGAGGGGAUGCAUUUGAAGAAUGUUGACUUUAAGGAGCACAUGAUUGCCUUUUCUGACCCCACUCAUCCUCCCUGGUACGCUUCCAACUCUGCUUUCUGGGUGGCUGCUGCUUUCACUCUGUCUUGGCCUCUGCGGGUGCUGAUGGAGUACCGCACAGCCUGCGUGCACUACCAUGUAGAAAAGCUGUUUGGUUUUGACUAUGUGCCAGCAACGCCAUCUGAAGAGCGUCCAUAUUGUCGACGUAUCCCACGAGUCAACACUAUUGACAGCACAGAGCUAGAGUGGCACAUUCGCUCCAACCAGCAGCUGGUGCCCAGCUACUCGGAAGCAGUCCUGAUGGAUCUGGCCCAGCUUUCAGGGAGCGGCAACAGCUACUCUAUAUGCGGGCGCUAUGGCAGCUACAGGCAGAAUUGUGAACGUUGCCACCGCACCAUCAGCAGCUCCUCCAUCUUCUCCCGCAGCGCUCUGAGCAUUUGCAACACAGCGAGCCCCCGCAUCCCCUUCAGCGCCAGCCGCUUCUCUUUAGGGCGGCUGUACGGGUCCAGGCGGAGCUGCCUGUGGAGGAGCAGCGGGAGCCUGAAUGAGCAAUCCUGUCCCACUGAGAGCACUCGCUGUCUGUCAGGACAGCAGACCAGCGAGGAGAAUCCUCCAGCCUAUCAGGAUGCCCUGUGCUUUCCUGUGCUCAUCGUGCAUCGCAACGAAGGAUGCCUCAACCAUGACCACCGCUCUCUGCACAGGAAUGGCUCCUGUGUUGAGACAUCUCUCUGACCAACAGCUGCCAAAAAGAUGAAACAAACUAGGGCUGAAAGACCUCUUUACUCCUGGUUUGGAAUGUUUCACAAUUCUAAUGUUGAUUUAAUGUGAGUUUUUCCUCUUUUAUUCAAAAUAGAAACACAGAUUUCUACAUAACACAAAUUAAUGCAGGAGUGUAAAGUGGAAGGAAAAUGAUUCCUCCAUCAUUUUAUACCCCAAGGUUUCACGUGCAACACAUAGUCACAGAGCAUGAGACGCACUUAGGAAAAAAAAAAUCAUGGAUAUUCACACAUAAAGAUAAUUUAGAGAAACCAGUUUACCUAACUUAAAGGUUUUCUAUACUGUUUGAGGAAGCUCGAGUUGGAGGAAAGAAGCCAAGCAUGCGUAGGGAGAACAUUCAGAUUGCAGGCAGACGCAUGCAGAUCCCAGCCUGGAUUGAAAUGCAACAGCGCUAGAAACUUGAUCCCCAUCAUGUGUAUGAUUAUUAGAGUUUUUUUUUGUUUUGUUUAUUCAAAUAGACAUCAAAAAUACUGUAGUUUGUAUUUAUUUUAACACCCUAUAUUCCAAUACCUCAAAAUAAAUUCCAGAGGAACCUUGAAAGGUUGUGUUUGUAAAACAAAUAGCAUCACUGAAACCAAGAAAAUCAGCAGGCAGGUUAGAAACAAAGCCGAGGAGAAUUUAAAGCAGGUUUAGGCUUCAAAGAAUAUCCCAAGCUUUGAACAUAUUUUAUAAUCCAGGAAGUAAUUUAGUCAGAGAGACUGCAAAUCAUGGCAAAACAUAAAAAAUAAAAUAAAAUGAAAUAAAAAACGCCUUAAAGAGUAGCAAGAAAAAAACCUACACAAAGUCUUGCUUUCAGGUUGCCACAGGUCAUGAAGGGGGUUGAGGCAGACAGCUGGAUGAAGAUGCUUCUCUCAGAAAAGACCAAAACUUUUUGGCCUACUUGAACCCUAUGUUUGGCUGCACAUUGCAAAACACUCUCCCCACAAUGAAAUGGUGGUGGUAGGGCAAUGCAGUGUCAAUGCUUUUCUUAAGCAGGUGCAGGAAAGCUGGUCAGAGCUGAUGAAAAGAUGAAUGGCACUAAAUACAAGUCAGUACUCGAAGAAAACCUGAUUAAGGCUGCAGAGUAUAUAAGGAUGAAAUAACGGUUCAACUUCCAGCAGGGCAAGAAUUAAAAACAUACAAGACAUGCACUGAAAUGGAUUAAAGCAAAGCACAUGCAUGUAUUAUAAUGACUUAGUCAAAGUACGAACCUAAAUCCAAAUGAAAAUCUGUCCAUACACCAGGGGUGGGUAGUAAUUAGAUUCAUUUACUCAGUUACAUUUACUUGAGUAACAAUUUGAACAAAAAUGUACUUUUAGGAGUAGGUUUAUGUGCCAUACUUUUUACUUUUACUUGAGCAAUAUUCUUAUAAAGUAUCGCUACUCCUACUUGAGUAAAACCUCUGACUAUGCUGUCUUCUGUGAGUAAUUUGAACUAUUUCAAAAUCAGGCAAACACACAGUAAACUAUAGAUAUUCAAUUCAGUUUCAAUUCAGUUUAUUUAUAUAGUGACAAUUCACAACACAAGUCAUCUCAAGGCACUUAACAGUUCAACCAGAUCAUACAGUCAA